AGGGAUGUAAGGGAAGAGGGGAAGGGUUUCGGCUGGAGAGAGAGCCCGCCUCUGCAAGUCACCCGGAGAAGAACGAUUAACAAACAUGGGGAAGGAAGGUGACUUGUGGGAUGAUUCCGCUCUCACGCGCGCCUUCGACGACGCCAUAUCCAAGUACAAGAAAAUGCAUAGCAAGAAAGGCCUUGAUGCUUCAAUUGAGAGAGAAAUGGAUGUUAGCAGCACCGGGGAAAAUGCCUCUGCUAAUGUCAAUGAAAGUCUUGAGGCUGGAAGGGAUGCAGAUGAGAACAACAAUGCUUCAUCAAAUACUGCAACAGACUUGGGAGAGACUAAUCUUUUACUAGUUAAAGAAAAUCAUUGUGUAGAUUCUCAUGCACCUGAGCCCUGUUUAGAUUCAUUGAAUAGUCUACAAAAGCAAGAUGUGGAAAGUGCUGGUAAAGGCUAUUCAUCUUUUCAUAAUGUGGAAGAUUAUAAUGAGGUACUCAACCAAUAUUAUGAGCUUGAGGAGAAGAGGCAAAACAUUUUGGAGCAGCUUUAUCAAUUUGGUGGUUGGAAUAACCAAUAUUCUGUAGAAGGUUCUGUUCCUGCUGUACAGUGGGGUAGUUCUUCUAUGCAUCAAGAAUGUGCAGUUCCUGCAAGCCAAGUGUCUCAUUCAAAUGCAUUUUGCUCAUGCUGCCCAUAUGUUUCUCAAUGUUGCAAAGUUCCAUGUACUUCAUGUCCUGGCUGUUCUUUGGGUGGGACUUAUGUUGGCAAGAUUUGUUCUGAUAAUUCUGUGGUGACGGUUGCUGGAAGUUCUGGCCUUCUCGAAGAUGGUAACAUUGUCAAAACAGCAAUGGGAGCUGCAGAAAAGGCAAUAUCUUCCAUGAUGACAAAAGUUUCUGGUGAUUCUAAUAUAAAUGAAGAGCAAGAGAGAGCAAAAACUGAAGGGGAAACAUCUCAAAGUCCCAUCUCCAAAACAGAUCUUACUGAUGUUUUAAACGCGUGGUAUUCUGCAGGCUUCUACACUGGCAAGUAUCUUACUGAGCAGUCUAUUGCAAAGAAACAUGGCUAGCCAUAGCCAGGCUUUCUCCAACAACGUCAAGCAGAGGCAAGCAGACCUCAGAGGCACUAAAAUUUUGUCAAUUGUAUAUCCAACGGAUAGUAUUUAUGUUUAUUCAAGGAUCUGUUUGACUAAAAGCGCUAUAUCAAGCUUUUUCAGGGACUGAAAUGCAUCAUCUGAUCGCUUGAGCUUA